AAACAAAACAAAAUUUUUCAUUGUUAAAGAGAAAACAGAAACAGAAAUUUUAUUUAUAUUAUUUUUUUUUUUUACAAAAUAUAAAUUUAUAAAUAAUUAAAGUAUAUUACUUUUAUAAAAAUUUGAAAGGAAUCCAAAGAUAUUAAAACAAAUGGUAUUAUGAUGAAUAAUGAAAGGAUUUAGUCGAAAAUUUUCUUGUUUGUACAACUACUACGACUAAUUAAGGAAAUUAUGUCACAUUUAAAAUUUCAAAUAUUUUACAAUGGAGAAUCCAUCAAUUGCAACAUAGAAAAUUUGUUCGAAAUUGGUCCCAUCCUUCGUUUCUACAUUUCUGAAAAUUUAGCAUUUCUACUAUCAAAUAAUAAUAAACUCUUUCAUGGAAUUUACAAUCCCAACACAUUAAACCUUUCCCUAAAGUUAUGGAAAGAAGGAGUUAUAGAUAUUGAUUUGUACAAUAACAUAUUUUAUUUAGUAUUAAAUAGUGGAUGUGUAUAUAAAAAGAAAAUAUUUCCAGAUAACUUGACGUUUCUUUCAGAAAACAAUUGGGAAGAAAUUAAAUUUCUAACUAAUUUCAACAACCAUUCUUUAGAGAAUGUAAUAAAAGUUGUUAAAGUGAAAUCUAAUUCUAUUGGAACCUUGUACAUGACAAGUGAUAAUGAAAUUUAUGGACAAGGCCAAUGUGGAGAAGUUUUGACCACAGAAAACCCAACGAAAUUGGGAAUGUUUUUCGAAAAUCAAAAAAUUAUUGAUAUAGCUUGUGGAGAUAAUUUUUUCAUUGUAUUGACACAAAAGUAUUUAUCAGAUUUUGAUGAUUUAGAAGAAUUUAAAAUCCAAAAGUAUGUGACAUUAAAGAAUUUUAAUAAAACCAAAAGGAAAAAUUAUCUUAGAAGAAUGGAUACGGUUGUUGAAAUGUUUAGCAAUAAUAUUAAUUCUUCAAAUAAAAAUAAUGGUUACGAAAGUGAAGCAAACAGUUCAGCAAGUAGUAAUGAUAGUACAAAUUUCGAGGAUUCUAUUUAUUUUAAAAUACAAGAAAUAUUAAAAAAUGGUUACUCUCUAAUAAAUACUUCAGUAUGUUCUUUUGGUACAAAAAAUGAAUCUCUACUUGGAACCGGAGAUCAUAUCAAACGUCAGGGUGUUCAUCCUGUUCUUUAUCUUAAUUCUAUUGGUUGUUAUAACAUAUCAUGUGGAAAAGAACAUUCUAUUUGUAGAACUUUAGACGGUCGAAUAUUUCAUUGGGGUUUAAAUACAAACUUACAGCAAACAAACGACAAUGAAGAAAAAGAUAUUACAGCACCGAAAGAACUGCAUUUAGAAAGCUUUUCAAAUGUUUUAGAAGGUUACUGUGAGGGUUAUCGAACUAUUUUAUGCAAUAAUGAAGUGAAAAUUUUUCAACAACCCUCAUAUAACGAACAAAACGAAUCAUUAGAAAAAAAAAUUUUUAAUUUGCAUUCCUUUGCUGAAAAACGAUUUCCAAUUAUGCUAAUUUGUAAUAAAUUUACGUUAUUAAAUAGUAUAACUUUAGAAGUAGAAUAUCAAACAUUUUUUUCAUCUAUGCAAGCAACUGUGAGAGCUAUGUUACGGAACCAAAUUUAUCUUAAAAAUUUUCAAAAAUUGCAAGCGGUUACAACUCAUUUGAAUAUAAAAUCAAUUUUCCCAUUAAUUCGAGCUUACAACCGCAUGCUAUAUGCGUUCGCCGCAUGUCUUCAAACAGUUGAAGAUUUUUAUCGCAAGAAUAUAGAAUAUAAAGAUUUAUUAUUUUUAUGUAACUCUCAAGAAUUGAUUGACAUUUUUGAUGACUAUACAAGGCAUUACUGUGAUAUUAAAUCAAUAAAUGGUUUUGCAGAUUUUACAAAACAAUUUCCAUACAUUAAACAAAAGGAUAAUCGAGAAUAUGAAAAAAUUUUUGCAGCCCCUUUCGAGCAAAUUUCUAAUAUUUUACAAUUUUGUGAGUUGCUUUCUAGAAAUGAAUAUAUAUCUACUUUACAAAUAUCAAACUUCUUUAAUGAAAAAAAUUCUGAGUGGCAGGAGUUUUCUAAAAAACAAAUAAUCGAAGUAGAAAUUGCUGAAAACACAGAACAAUUUUGGCUGAAAAACGUUAAAAUCUCACAAAUACGUCCAUUCAAAAAGAGGUAUCGAAGAGUAAUACUAGACUCAAUGAAUUUACCUCUAAAACUAUCUACAAGUAGCGCAUUUUCUUCAAAUUCAUUUAUUCUUUUUUCUGAUUGCUUGUGUCAAUAUGGAAGUCAAUUACAAAUGUUCCCUUUGAUAGCUCUUUGGGUACAAGUUGAUGGUGAUACUAAUUUAAGAAUUCAUACUCCUGAAAAGUCCUUCCUUUUGAUUGCAAGAAGUCGUGAUGAUAAAAUGAUUUGGCAUGACCAAAUGAAGCAAGCAAUACUAAAAGCUUUGGGAAAACCUGGAGGAAGUCAGUUAACAAAUACAAGAAGUACAAUGUAUACUUUUAGCGAUAAGCAUCCUGUCUAUUCAAAAGUAAAAGCUUAUGGAAAAUGGAUUCUUGGUGUAAUGCAUGGACUAUUUUAUCUAGAAUAUCCUGACGGAAAAAUUUAUUUUGGAGAGAUAAAAAACAAUGAAAUUGAUGGUUUCGGGAAAAUGAUCAUACCUAGUUCUGGAAUUUAUGAGGGGAAUUUCAAGGCUGGAAAAUUUAACGGGAUUGGCAAUUACGAAAUGAAGGACAACGCCUUCUAUGAAGGUAAUUUUAAGGACGGCUUAUUUCACGGCCAUGGUACACUAAAAGCGAGUAAUUACACGUAUAUUGGCGAAUUUUGUAACAACAUGAAAAAUGGAUAUGGAAUUCAAGAUGAUCUAAUUACUGGUGACAAGUAUAUGGGAAUGUUUGCUGAAAAUCGAAAAACUGGAGGAGUUUGUGUCACGCUGAAUGGAGACUACUUCGAAGGAUUUUUCGUAAAUGACGACAUAGUUGGUGAAGGUCUAUCUAUUUUUAAUAACGGGAAUUAUUAUGAAGGACAUAUGACUCUAAAAGGUCCAGAUGGUAAGGGCAUUUACUACAUUCCAAUAAAAGAAGUUCAAGAAACAUCAACUUCAGAAAAGGAAAUUUUUGUUGAAGGCAAUAUUAUAAGUGGAAAUUUAGGAGGAACCUGGAGUGACGUAAGAGUUAUCAGUGGAAAUGUGAACCUAAAUAAAAAGUUCCCAAAAACACCAAAAAGCAUAGGGGAAAGAGUUGUUGACAAUAAUCGGAAGUGGAGGUCACUUUUCGAUAAUUGGGAAGAAGUUGUGCUUGGUAAUUCAAGUUCAAGCGAACUUCCUAAGCUAGUUUGGAGUCGUGUAGCAGUUUAUAUAACAUCACAAAAAGAAAGGGAAAAAGUAAAGGAACAAAAUGUUUUGGACUCAUUUAGCAGUUUUUUUGCAAAAAAUAUUACACUCGAAUUGAAUAAAAGCGAUAUGUUUUUAUCCAAAUUAUCAAAUAGUUUAGACAAAAUUAGCGUUAAUUCAGCAAUGAGUACUUUAUCAAAACGAAACACCGCAGAAAAAUCUAUACACUAUCAACAUAAACGAUCAUAUAGUAAUGAAAUCCUUUUUGACAAAAUUGAAAAAUUUGAUCAAGAAUUCGACCGUUACUAUGAAGAAAAUGUUAAUUUAAAUAAUUUCUUUAGUAUGCAUCAAUUUGAUAGUAUUAGCAACCAAAGUAAUUCCAGUUCAAAUCGUAGUUCUUUAGAAGGGAAAAUAAACCCUAAUAGUAACAUAAUAGCGUUGGACAUUGUGCCAGACUUUGGAAUAAACUCAUUAAACAAGGAGGAUAUUAAAAAUAUAAAAGAUUAUUUAGAGCAGGCUUUUAAGGAUCAAUAUCAUCCUUUAAAUAUGCUAAACAAUAGAAUAUCAAAUUCAUUUUAUUCAAGUUACGGCUGCUGGAGAAUGAAACCAACUCCUAUUCUUGCAUAUCAAGCAAUUAAAGAAUGGGAAUCUAUUUCACUUCGUGUUUAUAAAAUUAUUAGGAAAUUAUUUCCCGCAUUGCCUGCAGAUAGGUGUGAUAUUGAAGAGAGUGGAGAGGUGGUAUCACAUUUCAGCUUAUUAUAUCCAAUUUUAUUAUCUGAAGGAAUAUAUUCAACUUUAUGUGUUCUUUACGCUAAUAAAUACCGUGAACAAGAUGAAAUUUACAGGCAAAGGAUCAUGCUGAUUGAAAAAACCGGCGAUGAGGAAUUACUUGAUUUUUUAUGUUUUGAAAAAACACUAAUAAAUAUAAUUAGAAACGGUAAAUUUAAUCAGGCUAUCGUAACAUUAAAACAAAUUACUGAGGAAUGCUCUCCCAAGGGAAUGUUGGAUAUUUUAGAAAAGUCAAUUGAACUUAUAAAUGAUGCCCUUAAGCAAGCCUCAGAAUGCGCUGUGAUACCAGAUGGUGGAGCUGAUAAUAUUGUACCAUUAACAUUAUAUUUAGUAUUAAGAGCAAAUGUUCCACAUCUUGGCGCCGAAUUAGCUUUAUUAGACGAUUUAACUGGAGAAGCAAACCAUGAAAUGAAUUUGUCAGGACUAGCUGGUUAUUGUUUCACAACAAUUAAAGCAGCAUAUGAGCAUAUUGUUAAAGGAAAUUUAUUCGAUGUAUUAGAACAAAAUUAUUUCCUCAGCCAUAGAAAGUUUUAAAAGAAAAACCUUAGAUUUGUAAGAAAAAAAAGAUAUUGAGUAAUAUAAUUGUUAAACAUAUAAUUUUAAUUUUAAAAAUCUGAAACAAGUAAAAAACUAAAAUUUUAUAUAUUAAAUGCAAGGAUUCUAAUAUUUGUACUUUUUUUUUUUUGAAUCUUAUAUUUGUAUAUAUAUUUAUGCAUUUAAUUUGCCAUUUGUAACAAAAAUUAUUAUUUAAAUUAUUACAUUCAAGAAUAUGUUUGAGAGACAUUGUUAAAAAUAUUAUACACACUUAGAAAAAUAUACUCAAAAAAUAUUAUUAUUUUGUUUUAAAAUUUCAAUAUCAUGUACAUAAUAUGUAAGUAUAUUUUGUUAAUAAGCAUUUCCACUUAAAAAGUAUGCAAACGGAUAAUGUUAAAAAUAUUAUAUUAUUGUUUUAUUAUUAUAAUUAAAAAGUAUUCAUUUAAUAUUAUUUUAUUAUUAUUAUUCUUUUGUUAAAUAGAUUUGACAUAAUACAAGUCUCUUAAAAGUUUUCAUUCAUAAUAAA